UUUUUAGUGAUAAUUAAAGUUAUUACUUGAAACAAAUCUUGUAACUGCCACUUAAAGUAUGAAUCUUUAGGGUGGGUUUUGGUUAUUGUAAUUUUUUUUUUUUUUGAGGGAUUGGGGUUGUAUAUGCUUCUAGUAGUGUAGGUUAAUCAAAAAGAUUCUUUCUUUAUUUUGGACUUGGUGUGUUUAGUUUGGUAGAGUAGAGAGGAUGAGCUCAAGAACUAUGUAGUGUUCCCCAAUCUUGUGGGAAAUUCAAUAUUUAUUGUGUUGAACUUAGUUUAAACAAAAUAAAAGGGAAUUCCUCUUAUUUUGUUUUAAGUUUUAUGCUUCACUUGAGCCGAUGCUCUUUCGGAAACUGUCCCUCCAUCUCCAAUAGGUAGUGGUAAGGUUUGCGUGCACUCUACCCUCCCCCAUUUGACUAGGUAUAUUGUUAUUUGUUUGAAGUUUUAUUUAUCAGAUUGACAGAGAGAAGAGGGAGGAGGGAAGGGGUAGGAAAUAAGGUAUGGGGAUCUGAACAUUUACCAGCAUGGUAAGGUGGGUAUGGGGAUCUGAACAUUUACCAACAUGGUAAGGUGGGUAAAUUCAUCAAGUAAGCUAUACUCUAAUCCUGUUUGGAUGAAUUCCUUCACUUGAUGUGAGUAGAGCAUGUAGGUGGACACUAACAGAAAUAAUUCAAGUAUAUUUCCAGUAAGUUCCCUUAGCGCAAUGGAUAACUAGUUCAUUACCUCUUUUGCCGACCUGGAAAUGAGUUCCGUUGCAAUUGUAACAUCAAUUCUCCCUCGAAAAUUCUUUAAUGGAUCAAUUGUUUGAACUAUUGGCGCCUUGCUUAGACAGUUUGACUGUCGCAAGCUGUUGUUACCCGAAGAUUUGCUUCAAAGGAAACCUCCUACUAGAUGGUGUAACAUAAUCUGGUUGUUCAAGUUAUGUCUUGCUCCUAAAAUUUGAGAUGCAAGCUUGAAUUUGCACGUUAUGGAGCUCUAUAAUAAUAGGCACCUGAGAAUUCAGGUGAUACGUCCAGUUUGAAGCUACUAAUGGUCCAGCAUAUCUAUUAAAAUGUCUUCUCUCCGUUGCUUAGCGAGUUUAAGAAUCUUGGAGUCAUGGACUCUAAAGUCAGAGAGGUUUAGAGUUUCUAAUUGUUGACAUGUAAAAGUUUUAAAUAGUUUUCUGUGUAUAUCCUUCCUCCUAGAAAAUUUUAUUAAUACCUUUAUCAUGCUUCUUUAGUACCUUUCUUAGGUUAUAGGAAUACAGACGUGGAGUCCAGAAUUUUUUAGCUGUGGCUAAAUUAAUUCUUUUUCAGCGCAGAAACUCCGGUAAAGGAAUUUUAGAACUCAACAAGUCAUUUAAAUCCACCAUCUUUAAUUUGUUCGAAAGUAGCGAUUGUUUGAUAGUACCUUAAAAUUAAAUGGUCUGUUAAGUAUAAAUAUGCGUGUAGUGUGUCAUUGAGUUUAUGUGAUACUUUAUAUAAGCUAAGUUCAAUGUGAGCAUUUGCUUCCUUUCCAAUCUAUUGGCAUGUAUUGUGGUGGGUUAGUGGGGGUGGAGGGCUCAUAAGUUGAAUGUCAUUAUAUCACGAGGAAUUAGUUGUAUAAAUUACUUAGGUCUCCACACUGUACCAGUUUCCUUCUUACCUUAUGCAAGUCCAAUAAUGAAACAGUAUUUCUUGGUUCUUGGUUGAGUAAAUUUUGGCAGAAAUACAUCACUUGAAGGUGCUUGAAAGGCAAUGUCUAAACCAAAAUUUUCCAUCUCAACUACUUUAAACCUCUGGGAUGUAGUGCUGCGAUUUAUUCUUGAUCUUUUAUGGGAAUAGGAGGGCAACUUUCCCAAAAGGGGUCGAGGCUAUUCGGACAUGCCUCUUAUCUUGUUGCUACUGCUAAUUCCUUUUUCUGGAUAAGUUCCAUUAAUGGAUUUUAUGGUGCAGAAUACCAGCCCCUUUGUUUUUGUGCAGAGAAAUGUGUAUGUUUCUUUUGUCAGUGCAGAUGUGCGCAUGAUUUUCAGUGGCAUAACAUUGUUCAUAUUUUCAUCUAUUUGUUGGCAACUCAUUUAUUGGGGCUUAUCUGAAAGCACAGACCUGAUUUAAUGUUUCUGGUGUUGAACAAUGAUGCCAGAGUCAACUGAUGAUUCAGACAAAGCCAACAUUAACCGCGAGAGUCAAGGAAAGGAAGAUAGCGAGUAUGUGAGGCUUGUUAUAAGAAAUGCAAGAACAGAUGAAGUUGAAACUUCAAAAUCCGAAUCACAGUCCAGAAAAGAGGCUAUUAUAUGGUGGAUCAAGGCCAUUAUAGGGUGUAUUUUCACUGUGAUAAUUGUACUGGUUUUCAUAAAAUGGGGAGGUCCCUUUUUUUUUGAGAAGAUUCUAAUUCCAAUCCUACAAUGGGAAGCCACUGCUUUUGGCCGUCCAGUGCUUGCUCUUGUACUUGUAGCUUCUUUGGCACUGUUUCCGGUAUUCCUAAUUCCUUCUGGACCAUCAAUGUGGCUCGCUGGAAUGAUCUUUGGAUAUGGUCUUGGAUUUGUUAUUAUAAUGGCAGGAACAACAAUUGGGAUGAUCCUGCCAUAUUUUGUUGGUUUGCUUUUCAGAGAUAGAAUUCAUCAAUGGUUGAAGAGAUGGCCUCACAUGGCAGCUAUGAUUAGGCUGGUGGGAGAAGGAAGUUGGUUUCAUCAAUUCCGUGUGGUCGCGGUAUUUAGGAUUUCGCCAUUUCCGUACACAAUCUUCAAUUAUGCAGUGGUAGUGACAAAGAUGAGCUUCUGGCCUUACUUUUGGGGAUCUAUUGCAGGGAUGAUUCCCGAAUCCUUCAUUUACAUCUACAGUGGUCGCCUAAUUAGAACAUUGGCGGAUGUGCAAUAUGGGAACCAUCACCUGACUACAGUUGAGAUUGUGUAUAAUGUCAUUUCAUUCAUUAUAGCAGUCGUCACUAUAGUGGCUUUCACUGUCUACGCCAAGAGGGCACUGAGACAACUUGAAAGUGAAGAAGAAAACAAUGGUGAAGGCUCUACCUCUAACCGUGGGAGGUUAGAACUGGAGGCUUUUCCAAUACAAAAAUCCAAGCUUCCUAGUUUGUGCUCAAGUUUGUAGUAGGAAGAGUGUUAAUCCUGAACAUUGUCGAGGAAACUAGUGUAAAUAAUUCGAGCUAGAAAGGGGAAUGUUUUAUAUAUUCCCUCCAUAUUUGUAACUAGAAAAUUGAAAGAUGCUGAUUGAAAAAAAAUUAGUGUUGUAUAACUAGAGCUGAUGUGUCUGACUAAUUGAUACCGGAAGAUGAAGACAACAUUUGAUUGUGGAGCA